UGAAAUUUACAUAAUGAUAGAAACGAACGUCAACCUUUUUAUGUAACUUUCUGUACAAAAUUUUUCAACUAAUACAAUUUUGAACAAAGUUAUAAGAAGUUGAUCAAUAAAAUGUUUUGUCAGCAAAAAAAUUCCUAUCUACAGACUGUGCAUGGACAAGUGAAUCCGAGACUCUUAAACAGAUGCAUUGUCCGAGCGAGAAAACAGAAGCUAGAAGACAUUCUGGAUGUUUCCCCAGGUUUGAAUAGAUUAGCAUCUCAUCAACCUUCGAUACCUACAGAAAAUGACUUUGAUCCCACCAAAAGAACUCUACCUUUUGGAAGAAGCGGUAUUCCCAUAUUGAGAAGAGAUCUGCAGCAGCCUGAUGUUAUAAUGGUCCUAAGGACUCUAUCUACUAUGAAUGAUCUCCUCAAGAAUCCUGAGAAAGCCUAUGAAGCAAUAAGGCUGAGAGUUCAAGAUAGACUUAUCACAGUGAUACCAAGGGAAGAACAAUUCGUGAGAGAAAGAUGCUGUUUAUCCUACCAAUUACUCUCAGCCUACGCUGAUGGUAAGCGGGCAAUGGUAGCUAAUCCGGAUAUCGUUCAAUUGUUUCUUCGGCUAAUCAAAGACGAGAAACCUGAGGUUCGCCUGAAGGCAGCUCAUUGCUUGGAGAGGAUUUCCAGCUUUUGGAUGACUGCUGAUGGUCUUGUUGAGGCUGGCUUCAUCAAACCGCUCAUGGAUAGAAUAGGGGUGGACGAACCGGAAGUUUCAUCCGUUCAUUUGUACACCCUUGCGCAUUUGAUGUAUGGUAAUGGGAAAUACAUUGGCAUGGAAGCCGGAGCCUUCGACCUAAUGGUUCGGCUGUUGGAUGCUCUAGAUUUGGAGGUUAGAAAAGGAGCACUUCGUUGUUUGAUGCUGAUGACUUCUACUGAUUUAGGCAAGCAAAUGGCUGCUAAAUGUAAUCUACUAGUGAUUUUGGCCAGAAUCUUGCACGAGGACGAAAGUUUAUAUGUGGAUGCUGCAUCAGUGCUGAUCUAUUGCACCAUGUUGGUCCAGGCAAAGGCUGCGUCAGCUAAAAUGAAGAUGAUACCAACAAGGCUGGUACGACUUUGUAAAAAUCAUCUGAACCCCGAUCUUCAACUGUUUUGCCUCAAGGCACUAACCAAUAUUUCGGAACAUCCUGAUGUUCGACAGCUGAUGAAGAAAAAACAUUUAGGACGGUUGAAAAGAAUUCCAGUUUCUACUGAUUUGUUGAAGAAACAUAAGAACAUCUUGCUUCGUGUUGUUACAUGGGAUCCCAGUGAUCUGGUGUGCACAUUUGGUAAUCAAGACUGAGAAAAAAUAUCGUUCUCGUAAUAUGAAAAUUAAAAUAUGUGACUUAUUUUUUGUUUCAUUGUUUCAAUUGUGUAUGAAAUAAAAGUGUAUAAUCCUA